AUGUUGGUUCUGGGGAUCGGUUGUUCGCUCUUAAUCGCAGCCAUAAUAUCAGGUAAACUCCUAUGAAGAAAAAUGUUAUAGUCACUCUGCAAUACUGCUGAAAAUAAUGAAUCUUUAACACGGUCAGUUCGGCUUUAUUGUGAAGUUGAAAAUAGUACCCCAGAACAUUUACAAUUCGUUCCCUCGAUAAGAUUUGCAUUUGGCCAAAUGGAGCCCGAAAAAUUUAGAUGGUUUCAUUUACAUUAAUGCUGGUGAUUGCGAAUUUAAAUUUUUACUAAAUUCUACACCUGAUGAUUUAAAACUGAUAUCUGUCUAUUUUUCUCAGUUGAUGUUUCCACCGCUAGCAGCCAAAAGGUAAAGCAACACCACAGAUAUUUAUACAAACAUAUUUUAAAUGAGCUAGCUAGUAAGUUUGUAUAUGUUAUUUUUUUGAAGUGAAUCUCGCGCGGAAAUUUUAACGCGACAAAAUGGAAUAUAAAUAGCGUUUGGUCGUAUUAUGCUGAAUCAUUCCGUAGAACCAAUAACGUGCCUUUAGUUUCUCUUGGUAGAACACAAUAGGUGUGGAAAAAGUGUUUAGGUUUGACAGGAGAAGUAAAUGUUAUUCAUGGUCUUCUCCGUUUGUAGGCCUCCUGGUUUUAAAAGCAUCAUUGAAAUAUAAUCACACGCUAUCGAUGUGUUUUUAUUAUGUACAAUUAAUACAACCCGGAAUUUUUGCGACAUCAUACAAGAAUCAUGCAUUCCUAAAAAUUGAAAUCUAAAUUAUGCUUUUCAGUUCACAGAGGAAGAACGGGAGAGAAUUCCCUAUUUUCCAUGAAAUAGCAGUACAAAAGUCUUAUGAAAAGUAACUGUCAUGUUUCGAAAGCUGGUUGAUUCACGUGAAAAUGUUGUUAACUAAUGUUAUACCUUUUUAGGCAAUUAAUUUAGGGAGCGCUUCAAGACGACAUGGCUUAGUUUCUAACAUUUUUUAUGAAUAAUUUCCUUGUCGGGAUUUUUAUCCAAGGAAGAGCAUAUUUUUGACACCUAACGGAAGUCGUAAAUGGUUUACAGUAGUUUCCAAGCAACAACUUGUCAUUUAAAAUUCAACAACAAAACACUGAAAUCAAUAAUUUUGGUUUAAAAGUCUGUGUGCUCUAUAUGAAUGAAUAGGGUUAGACUUAUGAAUUUAUGUAAUUAUCUAUUUUAAACCUGAAGUGAUUUCUAAAAUAUUCCAGAAGAUCGAUAUUGUGCGUUUAACGACACACAAUUUGUUCCUUGAGACAUUUUACAAAAUGUCCACAAAGGCUUCGAAUUCGCCCUUCGAUCAAACACGCAAAUUAAUAUCUUGCUCCCAUUUCCUGCUCUCUCACUUAAUCCUUAAGUUUCGUGAUAUGCAUGUCCUCAGUGAGAGAGCACUGGCCUAAAAUACAAUACAGACCGAAAUUGAAUUUUUUUUCCAAUAAUAGAUUGGUUCCUUACAAAGCUAACAAUUUCUUUGAACACUUCCGGGAUUUAGAAUCGAUUUUACAAUUUCAAAAUAGGUUACUCAGCGGAAAACUAGGAUUAAAAGUUCGGCGCUUUGCUCGCGUCGCAGUGACUCGAUAGGCAAGUAAGAUGUUUUUGUAGUUGGGUCUCCAUGGGGUUAACUUUCAAUCAUCCAAAAUUGAAAAUCUCGACUGUCGCCAAUGAAUUAAGUCAAGAAAUCAAUAAUUAGCUAAGCAUUUUCCAACUCUUCCAUUAAAGGUUUCAACAGCAGCAAAUACUGAUGUAAAUCCGCAAACAGUAGACAGGAGCUUUGGUAAUCCCUUUAAUCGAUAUAUUGCUGCAGCUCUCGCUCUUACGCCAAGUGAGAGUAUCGAAUUGUCAAGCAUGUAAUAAAUGAUUGAAGCCGAUAGUCCGGGAGCCGUGUUUUUAAGCCGCCAGCCGUCAGCCCCCCACCAGCUUCAGAAAGACUUUCUUACUGAUGUCGAGCUGAAUGUUAGAGAAAUAAAUUUAGCCAAACAUUACUCUUUUUUAAUUAGUUUAAUUGCAGUUUGCCCGAGGUGCUGGGAUGUGUUGAAAAAGUCGAUAAUUUAACAGAAUGUAACUGCACAGGACAAAAUCAAACCUACUGCCUGCAUAACAAAACGUGUCUCACUCAACAUCAUUACAACGAGACACUGUGUUGGAAAACCAUAAGAUGUGUUCCAGGUGAGGUUCAUCAUCAGUUCUUAAAGAAUAAUUUUCCAGACGGGCCCCAAUAGCUCUCUUGUCCACACUCGAACGGUUAACGAAUAGAGAAAACAAAUCAGUCAAAGUAUCGUCCUAUAAGUACUGUUCUAUACGCAUUGUUCUAUCAGCUGAAAAACUGAGCACUGUUCACGGUGGAGUUUCCUAUCACCUUUGUGUCAGUAUAUCCAUAUCUAUAUCUGCAUUCAAGUCAGUGCGAAAUAAUCUAACCAUUGACGCUGAAUUGAUUAUAGGCAAUUUAAAUUUGUUCCUGUGAAUGAAUUAUUGCUAAAGACUUAGCAUUCAGCGUACGUAUCAAAACUUACAUGUAACUGCUUUUUUUUCGCCUUGUCAGCCCAUGCAACUUCGACCACAGUACACAGUUCAGCAACUGUGUCUAUCGGUGAGUUAAAAUAAAAAUAUCCUAAGAUGUAUAAGGUGAUAUAUCUCGGUAUGAUGUAUCGAGGGACAUGAAGUAAUGGUAGCAUAAGGGAUCACUUUACUUGAUUCAACAUUAACUUUUCCUUCCUCCAUCCAAUUGCAUGCCACUUCUAUAAUGGCUUAAUUCUCGAGAUGAAUUGCUUGAGGUCUUUAAAUUUUACUUCUUAUCAUCACUUCUACAUAAACACGUGCAUAAGCCUUUCUAGAGGAUCAUUUUUUGUUAAUUUUAAAGAUGUUUAAUUUGUACAAAAGGGGCUUAUUACGCAACCCGGCAAAGAAAAAAUGUUUCCCAGAUAUUAGAUGACCAGAGAGAGAAAUUAUGGGUAAUUCAUUUUUGCAAAUUAAGUUAAGAAAGGGAGACUACAGGGAUAAUUUCAUAAGGGAAGAGCUAUUCUUACAAAAUAUUUGAAUAAGUCGGUCCAGCUUUGUAAGGGGCUGGGCAGUGACUUAAUGCUUUCACUGUUGGAGAUUAUAAUCAUACUCAGACAAGAGAGAAUGAGACAAUUAUCCCUUUACUGCGGCAGUAACAAUUAUGACAUGUUUUUGGCAUACGCCACGUCAAAAUUUGCCUAAGGACUGGCUUUUCAAUGCCUCUUAGAAGCAGGCCGAAAUCUAAUUUUUAUCAGUGUUUAUGGAAACGAUGUAAAAUAUUUCUGAAGAGAGUUGGAUAUUGCAAAAGGAAACAUUAUCACCGAGAAUAGUUUAUUUUAAUUCGCCACAAAGCAUAUAUUUCAUCACAAAAGUGAAAGCCUAAGUAGUGUACGCUUUUCACUUCAGCAUCAACAGCCAGUCUGUCAGUGAUUGCAAGCACCAGUGUUGCACCUGACAUCAGUCACGUGUCAACCACAUAUGCCCCAACGACUUAUCACCCAUUGGAAACUAACUACAAGCCAAUCAUAAUUAGCUUAGCAGUGGGAUUUGCUUGCUUUGUUGUUUUUGUGUGCUGCAUGUGUGCCAUUCACUCCUGGUGGCUUAAACGAAACAAAUUCACCGGGGUAAACAGCACGCCGAUGAAAGACCUGGAAAGGAAGAAAAGAAAGCAGGAGCAGAGAGAGAUGAAACGGCGUGCUAAAGGUAUCAUAAAUAUCUUCUUGUAUUGACUAAACAAGUAAUUUAUUUGACCUUUUCCAAAAUGUUCCUAUUGUUAAAUGAAACUGGGUAAAUUGUUCAUUAUCCAAUUAGACUUCUCCUCCAAACUCUACUUCAAAGGUUUUUGAAGGAAGUAACCCUGUUCAUUUUUAAUUUCAUGGAAUCCGUUAACUCAUAAAAGGUUUCACCGAGACUUUUUCAAAUUUAGAAUUUCUCAAAACAGUGAGUUCCUUGUCCAAAAUCUAAGCUGAAAGUGAUAAUAUCAUGAAGAAGAUUCAUCAAGUUUACCUGCAACCUUAACUCAAAUUAGAUUACUCAUCCACAGAAGCAGAAGCAAAGGAGCUUUCCAAAUUUGAUAUGGGAUACAAAAAGCCCCCCAAAGUGAACGAACGCGCCUUGGCCAGCUAUGACUGGGCCCGAACCUCAUACCUACCUGGAAUGCUUGAACCCAGCCAGGAGCCGGUCGGGCCUGCGGAUUUUACUCCAAAACUUAUUUGUGAUGAUGAAGACACAGAGGCAGGCGACCAACAUGCGCUUGGUGACCACAACCAAGGGUACGAGUCAGAAGGGGAGAACCAAUAUGGGUCUCGUGAUGUAUCUACCCCUUCCUCUCUGUUUGCACCAACAACAAUAGAGCCACAAGAGCCAAUCAUGGUCGAACCUGAGAUCAUUGAGAAUAAAGAGCAGUUUCCACGCUCUGUAUCUGACGGGAACAUGACGGAGUUUAAUCCUCAGGCUCAUUCUAAUUCUCAGGAUUAUUUUAAGAUGAUGGGACGGUUUUAAACACAGGUCUUCAACACUUUUAGGAAAGCUUCCCUCAAAAGAUCUUACUAGCCAAAGGGAAACAACAGAUCGUAAGACUUAAAUGAUAAGGAUAGGCUAGCCCUUAUUUUUGUAUAAAAAUGGUUACAAUGAGUAUUGUUAUUAUCUCGAGCAGUAUUCCUUGUUCAAGAUUUGCAUCGCAAGUUCGUUGCUCGAUUCUUCGAAAUAGUAUUAAAUAGAAAGUAUGCCAAAAUACUUCCAUGCUCAUUCCCAGUUGGAUACAAAAUUUUACAUUUUUUUUCAAGCUGAAAAAAAAUUUGACCGCAUUGAAGCGAAAGUUUUGUAAAUGAAACAAUUUGUCCUAUCAUCCACUGAUUAUCAUUUGUUUUUAAUUUUUUCUUUGUUGAUGCAUGUAUUAAAAAUGUUGAAGAGAUCACGACUUGUAUUAAGUCGAACCCCCUUUUUAUUCCCACAAGAUCCACUGAUAUUUACAUUGUUUACAUGUCUAUGUAGAUUUCAAACUUUCCUCCAUUUUGCUCACAACAAAUGAAAUAUAAUGACAUAAAACAAGAAGUAAGAUAAAAUAAGGUAAGACUAGUUGAAAUCAACGGCGUGUUUCGAAAUAAGUUUAGUUUUGGUUUCAUGAUGAAGUAGGAAGUAUUUUCAAGAAAGUUUUCUGCAAACAUUAGUUGUCCCAACACUUAAACAGUCGUACCACAUGUAAAUUAUACCGUUUUUAUACGAGUGCUUUUUUUUAAGGGCCAUAUAUGAUAAAUUUAAAUGGAACUAGGUAUAAAUAAAGCCAG